AUGCUCCGACGUACUUCUCUUCUCGGGGCACCCUUCAAGAGCGUGCUGCGCCGCCACAAGUAUCACCCGGAGGGUUUGCCACUCUACAACGACUUGUCGAAGCAGUGGCUGUGUCGUGAGGGGGAGCGGUGGUGGUUGCUAGAUGCGCGAGGCCAGCAGCUGCCGCACGUAGCGAAGAUUGCUGCGCAGUAUAUGACCGGGCAGCAUCGGCCUGAUUUUACUCCGGGCAUGAUGACCGGAGACCACGUUGUCAUUACCAACAUCAAGGACGCCGUCAUGACCGGUGACAACUGGAUUCGCGUGCCCAUCACGUGGCAAACCGCCUACCCCGGCGGCAAGUAUCGAGUGCGCCUCUCGGAGAUGUACGAGCGCGACCCCUGCAUGGUGAUGUGGUGGUACUUGAAGGACGAGGUAAAUCACCACUUCGUUCGUAAGCUUAAGACGCGCACUGCACCGUUAGAAAAGGCGUGGCUGUACGAGGACAGCGUCCACCCGCAUACCGAGAAGAACCCGCGACCGUUGGUCUGGACCGAUACUGCAACGAGGGGUUGGCGUUACAAGGAUCCAAUGUUCCAACGACGGUGGUCGCCGAAUCAGUUCAUGAGCUGA